AUGACGUGUCGCGAGGAUGUAUCAAACGCUGGUUUGGCUCUCGGAAUUGCUCUCUACCCUUCCUUCAAGAAACGUUCUCUCUUCUGUCUAAGAGGCUUAGAGGGCAAGUCCGAGGUUAGGCAUGUAAUGGAUCAUCUAGGUUCUAGGGAAAGUGAUCUGGAUUUUGACUUGGAAAGUGGUGAGACUGAAAGCACCAGUGAAGAAGAUGGAAAUCAAGGGUCAGGUUCAGAUGGUAAAUGUUCCAGGAAAACAAUGGCUAGGGCAAGGAGUGGGUACUUGUAUGUUGAUGGAUCAAUAGCAGCUAGUGAUGGGCUAAGUGCAGGCAAUAAUGUAUCAAGUAUUGGUCAGAAUAUGGAUAUGUUAGCUAGUAGUAUGGGGCAAAUGGCAGAAGGAAGAAUGGAGAAGAGGACAGUCGAGAAACAGAAAAAGAUCCCUAAAAAGCAUCCCAAGCCACCUCGGCCUCCUACAGGUCCAUCAUUACAUGCCGCCGAUAUAGAGUUCGUCAAAGAAAUUUCAAAGCGUUCAAGGUUGCGGCGUGCAAGGAGAGAAAGGAUGAAUGCAUUGAAGAAAAUGAAAUCUGAUAAAACAUCAUCCUCGAAGAUAAACUUCUUGGCAAUGAUCGUCACCACUAUCUUCUGCUUUGUGAUAAUCUUCCACGGAACUCCGAAACUCAUGGGCUGGCUCUGUGUUUCCCAGUUUGGCCGCCGAAUGCCAUGGGGAUUGAUUAUUGAACCUUAUUUUGAGUUUCAACAAUUCCAAUUUGGGGAAGCAGUGCUGUUAAAGGACUUUGUGGGUAAAGCAGCCUUACCAUACAAUCAAUGGGGUCAAUUAGGCACCACAGGGAGAUGA